AUGGCGCGUGUCGUCGCGCUCCUUUUAUUGUGUACAAGCGUCGUGCGCGCAGAGAUAUUGACACCCCCGUACUUCAACUUAGCGCUCGGAAAAAAGAUAACAGCGACGGCAACAUGUGGAGAUGAAGGAGAAGAACUUUAUUGCAAGCUUGCCGGCGCCAACGCUGAUCACGAUGAACAUGUUAUUCAAGGACAGGUGUGCGACAUUUGUGACUCGACAAACGACGCAAAGAAACAUCCGCCAGAAUACGCCGUAGAUGGGAUGGAAACCUGGUGGCAGAGUCCCCCAUUAUCAAGGGGUAUGAAGUACAACGAAGUCAAUUUGACUAUUGACCUUGGCCAGGAAUUCCAUGUUGCAUACGUUUUCGUUCGCAUGGGUAAUUCACCACGCCCCGGACUUUGGGCACUAGAAAAGUCAACUGAUUACGGAAAGACGUUCAAACCGUGGCAAUAUUUCUCCGAUUCACCACAGGAUUGCGAGCGUUACUUUGGAAAAGAAAGCUUGCAACCAAUCACCAGUGACGACUCAGUAAUCUGCAGUACCGAAUAUUCUAAGAUUGUGCCGCUGGAAGGGGGAGAGAUACCAAUAUCAUUAUUGAACUAUCGUCCAUCAGCAAAUAAAUAUUUCAAUUCAUCAGUAUUACAAGAAUGGACGCGAGCAACCAAUGUCAGACUGCGAUUAUUGCGUACUAAGAACUUGUUAGGUCAUCUGAUGUCUGUGGCAAGGCAGGAUCCCACAGUAACUCGAAGAUACUUCUACAGUAUAAAGGACAUCAGUAUCGGCGGGCGCUGCAUGUGCAACGGACACGCUGACAACUGCGACCCCGCAGUGCCAGGCAGCGAUGCGAGCAUCCUCGUGUGCCGCUGCCAGCAUAACACCUGCGGCCCGCAAUGCGCGGCCUGCUGCCCCGGCUUCGAACAGAAAAAGUGGCGUAUAUCGCAGAAUUGGGACCGUUUCGCUUGUGAACCUUGUAAUUGCCACAACCACACGACGGAAUGCGAAUAUGACCCAGAAGUAGAUGAAAAACGAUUGUCCCUGGACAUACAUGGCCGCUAUGAAGGUGGUGGAGUCUGUAAGAACUGUCAAGAUAACACAGAGGGUAUUAACUGUAACAAGUGCAAGCCUACGUUCUACAGACCUCGUGGAAAGAAAUGGGAUGAAAUUGAUGUUUGUCAACCAUGUAACUGCGACCUCCACUACUCGACCGGCAAUUGCGAGGAGGAGACUGGGCGUUGCGAGUGUCGGCGCGAGUACAACCCGCCCGACUGCGACUCGUGCGCAUUCGGCUAUUUCGACUAUCCGAACUGCAAGCCUUGCACAUGCAACCUGAACGGCACUGAAGGGCAGCACUGCACUCCUACUGAUGGUGUCUGUCCUUGCAAAUUCAACUACGCUGGCAAGUCCUGUGAGAUAUGUGCGGAUGGAUAUUACUCACUUGAAUGCAAAAACUGCGAAUGUAACUCCGUGGGAUCAGUCUCUCAAGUUUGCGACAAAGACAGCGGCAACUGUACGUGUAAAAGCAAAUACAGUGGACGCACCUGUAACCAAUGUGAAGCUGGCUACUACAAUUAUCCAACAUGCAAACAUUGCAACUGUGACACGAGUGGUACUGAGCCCAACAUUUGCGACGAUGUCACUGGUCAAUGUAUCUGCAAAGUUGGAUUCGGCGGUUCGCGCUGCGAUCAAUGUUUGUCUGGUUAUUACAUGGAGGUGCGCGGGCGCGAGCGCUCUUGCGUGCCGUGCAACUGCUCGCCGACCGGUUCCACGUCCACCAGCUGCUCCGCGGACGGCAAGUGCAACUGUCUCGCCAACUUCGGCGGGAAGCAGUGCGACCAGUGCUCACCGGGAUACUACAAAUACCCGGAUUGUUUGGCGUGUAGUUGCGACGAGUCCGGCACCAUAGGCUCCACGUGCGACGACGCUGGCCAGUGCCACUGCAAGCCUAACUUCGAUGGCGUCAAGUGCGACAAGUGCAAGGAGCAGUUUUACAACUACCCCGCUUGCGAAGAAUGCAAUUGCGACCCAAGAGGUGUCAUCGCGUCUUUUGCUGGAUGCGGAUCAGUUCCGGCAGGAGAGUUAUGCCAGUGUAAAGAACGUGUACAAGGCCGCAUCUGUAAUGACUGCAAAGCAUUGUUCUGGAACCUUCAGGAAUAUAAUCCAACUGGAUGUGAAGAAUGCAACUGCAACCUGGCGGGCACGCUGGGCGGGCUUGGCGCGUGCGACACGCGCAGCGGGCAGUGUAUGUGCAAGAUGCACGUGGGUGAUCGGCAGUGUGACCAGUGCCAGGACGGUUUCUAUAGCCUACAGUCGCAGGACCUGUUCGGUUGUACAGCCUGCGAGUGCGACAUUGGUGGCUCGACCGACAACAACUGCGACAGGAACACCGGUCAGUGCCGCUGCCAGUCGCGCGUGGAGGGCCGCCGCUGCGACCGGCCGAUCCGUGCGCACUACUUCCCCACUCUGCACCAGUUCCACUACGAGGUAGAGGAGGGGCUCACGAACUCCGGCCCGGUGCGGUACAGAAGCUCGGAGGACGUGUUCCCGGGUUACUCUUGGAAGGGCUACGUCGUGUUCUCGUCUUUACAGAACGAAGUGAUUAAUGUGGUGCAAAUCUACAAGUCGUCCUUGUACCGAAUGGUGCUGAAGUACGCCAACCCACUCAAAGACGCAAUCACCGCAACCAUAGUUAUCACACCUGAAAGCGUACUGGAUACACAACAACGAUUCAACGUAUAUUUGCGGCCAACAACACAGCCUCAGCUCAUUACUGUACAACUAGAGAAAGGCAACGCACCAGCACCAUUCGUCAUGAACGCGGGCAACUGGACUGUUACCAUCAAGACUACCAAGGAAAUUAUGAUUGAUUACUUCGUGCUCAUACCAGAAGCGUACUAUGAAGCCACAGUUCUUACUAAAGUGGUCGACAAGCCUUGUAUCAUUGGAGACAAGAAACUGUGUAGACACUUCGCUUACCCAAGCCUCAGUGGGAAACCAGUUGCUGAUGCGUCUGCACUUAUAACCGCUGCUGAUGAAUAUCUUACUGACCCUGUGCAACUCAAAGAAUACAACGUUGGACCGGACGACAUUCCUCUAUUGAACGAAAGCGAGCUCCAGUACAACCUGAAGAUCGAACCCAGCGGUACUUACAACCUGAUCAUUGAAUACGUUACACCAGUGAACCACGCGGCAACCAACGAAGAGUCAUACCAGUUCUCCCCCAAUAGCAUCAUUGACCUCACCUUCCAGACCGGAGAUGGGCAGAAAUACUAUGCUUCCGUAGACCUCAAUGACUGCCCCUUCACCACACCCUGUAGACAAGUAGUUCUGGAUGAACUAUCCAAAAUACAUGUCUUUGACAUUCAAAAUGUGGACAAUACAGUUUUCCUCAACGGCGCUACAGGAACGUUGGCGGGAAUAAAAUCAAUAGUUGCAAUACCGGAAUCAGAAUGGCACUUGGACUAUAUAACGCCGCGUCCGUACUGUUUACGUCGCGACGAAAAAUGUAUUCCCGCCGUAUUUUCUGCUGCUGUUGACUCUAAAAAAGUUGAAAUUGAAUCUGGAAUAGGCGGCGACCGCGAAAAUCGUCCUCAAAUCCUCGACAACUCGACAGUGGUGGUAUACCUCACACCUGACGCUGAAGAUAUCAAAAUCGAAUCCAAGGUUCCAACCCCCGGAAACUACAUAUUUGUUGUGCAUUACUACCAACCUGAUCAUCCAGAGAGUAGUAUCGACGUGUCUUUGUUCGCGGACGGCCAGAACUAUGAAGCCAAGUUGCCGAUAGAACACUGUCCGUCAAACUCAGGAUGUAGAGCCCUUCUGACAUUGCCAGACGAAAUCACUCAAUUUGCCAUUAAUGAAAACUUUACUAUCCAGUUUAAGGGUGGCAUAAGCAAAGGCGUUUGGCUUGACUAUGUUCUGGUUGUUGCUCAACCAGACUUCGUUGACUCCGCGCUUAAAGAAGCUAACAUGGUCGAUUACACUCGUGAAUUCAUUGAAAAAUGCGCAAUGAAUCAUUAUUAUAUUAGUCCUAACGAAACAGGUUUCUGCCGCGACGCGAUGUUCUCAAUAACGUCUGAGUACAACAGCGGCGCGCUUGCGUGUCUCUGCGACAUCAUGGGCUCCACGGAUAUGGAGUGCGCGACGUUCGGUGGGCAGUGCCCGUGCAAGCCAAACGUCAUCGGCCGCACCUGCAGCUCGUGCCGCACCGGCUACUAUGGCUUUCCCAACUGCCUUCCGUGCCAUUGCCCCGCUACAGCUAUUUGUGAUGACAAUGGUCAAUGUAUCUGCCCGAAGAAUGUCGAAGGCGAGAACUGUGACCGCUGCAAACCUUACACCUUCAACUUUGAUGUGCAGCGCGGUUGUGACGACUGUAACUGCAAUCCUUUGGGUGUCAUUGGAAACCAACUGCAGUGCGAGGCCGACAGUGGAAACUGCGCAUGUAAAGAGAACGUGAUCGGUCGCGUGUGUGACCACUGCGUUCCCGGACACUACGCGUUCCCGGACUGCUUCCCGUGCACUUGCGACUUGGAAGGAACUACUGACGACGUCUGCGACCAGAACACAGCGCAGUGCUACUGCAAGAAAUAUGUUAAAGGACAGGCUUGCAAUACAUGUAAGGAAGAAUACUUCAAUCUACAAUCAGAUAAUCCCGACGGUUGUACUAAAUGUUAUUGCUUUGGAAAAACAACCAGAUGCAGCAGCUCUUACUUGUCCUGGAGAGAAAUCAACGGCAUGUCAGACUGGUACCUCGUGAACGUGGAAGCUAACCGAACCCUGAACAUAUUCCCUAACAGCGUGGCACCAACAGUUCUGAACGACUCCGUAAUUGGAGCAGAACUAGUUAGCAAUGAGGAUGGCACGCAGAAAGUCGUCUAUUUUGGGGCACCUGAAUACUAUCUAGGUAAACGUCUCACCUCUUAUGGCGGGUAUCUAACAUACUCUAUCUUCUACACGAGUCGAGAGGACGGGCACGCUAUCGCGGCUGCUGACGUCAUCAUCGGCGGCUCCAACGGCUACAUUGUACACAAUAGUGUUGAACAACCACCUUCUCUAGAAAACUGGCUCCACAGUGUCAGGAUAUCUGAAAACGAGUUUACCAACCUAGACGGAUCAGCGGUUACCAGAGACCAGUUCAUGAAUGUGUUGGUCAAUAUCACUAGCAUAUAUAUAAGAGCUACGUAUUGGCAUGAGGCUAUAACCACUAGACUAAUCGGUGUGACACUGGAUAUCGGUGUGGAAGAAUAUGGAGAGGGCAGCAGAAGAGCAGCAUCCAUAGAGGACUGUCAGUGUCCCAAAGCGUACCGAGGACUGUCAUGCGAACAAUGCGCUGAAGGAUACUACCGCCUAAGUACUGGACCUCACGCGGGCUUUUGUGUUCCAUGCCAGUGUCAUGGCCACUCUAAGGAAUGUGACGUCAAUACUGGUAUUUGCUUGGAAUGUACGGACAACACAAUGGGUGACCACUGCGAGCAAUGUAUCCCGGGUUAUCACGGUGAUGCUACAGUUGGAACUCCGCAAGACUGUCUUAUUUGUGCCUGCCCAAUGCCAUAUGUCUCAAAUAACUUCGCUAUUGGAUGUGACUUAAGUGAAAAUGGAUCUCUCAUAUCGUGUGUAUGCAAGCCUGGAUAUGGUGGUGCUCGCUGCGAAUACUGUGCCGCUGGUUACUAUGGCGUACCUGAGGAUAUUGGUGACUACUGCAAGCCGUGCAACUGCUCCGGCAAUAUCAACACGGAUGACCCCAGCUCGUGCGACAGCAUCACAGGCGACUGUCUCAAGUGCGUGAAUAACACGGCCGGUGCUGCGUGCAACCUGUGCGCACCCGGCUUCUUCGGUGACGCUAUCUUCUCUAAGAAUUGUACUGCGUGCGUUUGCGACGAGUUCGGCAUGGAGCGCUGCGACCCGACAACGGGCACGUGUGUGUGCCGGCGCGGCGUGCAGGGCGAACGUUGCGACCACUGCGCGCCCGACCACUGGGGCCUCGCCACCGGCCGCGGCUGCGAGCCCUGCGCUUGCGCACUCGCCAGCACCGCCUCGCAGUGCGACGAGACCACGGGACAGUGCAAAUGCGCUAAAGGAGUAACAGGAAAGCAUUGCGAUCAAUGUGCGGCUGGUUAUUGGAAUUACACCAAGGAUGGAUGCGUUCAUUGCAACUGCAACACGGGUUACUCGGUGGGCUUCAUGUGCAGCGCCACCGGCCAGUGUGAGUGUCUGCCCGGCGUCGUCGGUGAGAAGUGCGACCGCUGCCCAGAAAGAUGGGUGCUCAUACCUCAAGAAGGAUGUUUGGAAUGUGACUCUUGUACGGAUGCACUCUUGACUUCUGUAGAAGACAUGCGAGAUUUAUUGGCCAAUGAAACUCUCGAAUUUAAGGACAAAGCAGAUUCAUUCUUUACAACGCAACGCCUUAAUUAUAUUUCGAAUCAAACGGAGCAAUUAAGACCAAGGCUAGCUGAAUUGAAAAAUGUUGAUGUGGCCGAAGUUACAUCGAGAGUUAAAGCGUUAGAGACUAGUGCCAAAAACCUCUUACGUUCCGCGGAAUUCGCGGCAACGGACAGUGACAAACAAAUAACUAGAGCUGCUGACCUCGCGUCGGAUGCUGAUAAUGUGAUAUCUGAAGUUCGGCAACAUAGCGAUAAGGCCAAGGAGUUGGUGGCGCAUGUAGCGGAGCUUGCUACUGGCCUCGAGUUGAGUCAGCAACCCAAAGUAGAUAGUGCGCUUACUGAAGCACGCCAAAUUAAAGGCGACAUUGCGGACAAAGAUCUAAAACCGAAAGAAGAACAAGCGAUAAGUGCUUUCUCCAAUGCUACUGAUCAAAUUGAAAGAAUGAACGUAUUCGUUGAACCAGUGAAUGAUCAAGCUAAGGAAUUUGCAAAACUAGUCAACGCAACGAAUGAGUUGAAGGAAAAAUUGGAUGAAAUGUUGGAAUACACAGAUUUGGCACAACACACGGCAUCGGAAGCAGAAAAAUUGAAUGAGAAAAACAAGCUUUCCAAAUUUGGCAAUAAAGUAAUGUCAGUCACCAAAUUGAAUAGUGCUGCAAUGAAGGACCUCAUAGACGCCGCUAUUGAUAUCAACAAUGCAACUUAUUACAAUACAAUUGCGAAUGGAAUUGUUCUUAACUUGACAGCAGUUUUAGAAGAUUUGAACAACACCAACGAGAUAAUGGAAGAUAAUUUAGAAUCAAUCGGUGAUGAUUUGCCUGAACUCACGAAUUUAACUGAUGUAGCCUUAAGUCAUGCGAGUGAUUUAAGGAAAAGGGCGGACAACCUUCGCGCUUUAGCCGAGAGAGAAAAUAACAACACUCGCACGCAACAUGCAUACAGCGCCGCUUCUGCUUACUCUUCUAUUGUUCAAGAGAUAAGUGAUGCUAAGAAAGCUGCAGAUGAAGCAGGGGAAGCUAUGGACACCGUUAAUAAUAUUAACACUAACUUGAAUGACCGAGUGGUGCCAGCGCGCGAUCGUUCUCUGACUUUGUCAAAGAGCGCAUCAGAAGCUCUUCUAAUGGUUGAACAAAUUUUGAGACCAAACCUGACACUGGCUGAGAUGAAACUGAAGAAUGCUACUGCAACACUGAGCUACGCUGACGAUGAAGACCAUGCGAUACAACUGGCCCUACCCAAAGCGCCGCACACGUCCUUAGAAGAAGAAGCAGACAAAGCAGACAGAGUGUCAGUGACUGUAGGAUCGACGGUAAACAUAAUGUCGGCUCUAGGCAACGACCUCGCAGCCAGCAAGGAAUGGGCGCAGACCUUACCUAAAUUAGCUGACGAUGCGCAAAAGAUGUUGUUGAACGGACAAAAUCUGGUAAACGACAUAGGAACAAUGAAUCCUAAUAUUGAGUCAACAUACCGCACUGUUAAAAUGCAACAAGAAAGUUUGGAAGAUCGACGCAAAGAGGCUGAUGAAAAGUUACAAAAGCUUCGAGAACUUAUUGAACAGGCUCGCACAGUCGCAAACCGCAUCCCUGUGGGAGUGACAUUCGAUCGCUGGUCCACGCUGCAGCCGCGGCUCCCUGACACCGUAGACGAGAUGUCCACUUCCACUCACGUGUCUGCGUACUUCCGCACCAAGGAAAAGAACGGCUUCAUACUUUACCUCGGCAACCCGAAGGACACUAUGUUGAGACGUACUAAAUCUGAUGACUUCAUGGUUGUCGGAGUUCAAAAUGGAUAUCCUUAUCUUGUUAUGGACAUCGGAGACAGUGCAGAAUCUGGCAGAGAACCUGCUAGAAUUGGUAGCGACAAAUUUGUUGCAGACAAUAGAUGGUACCAAGUAAUUGUGGAUAGAGUUGGCCGUAAUGUGAAACUGUCGAUUCGGGAGAGCUUAGAUAAUGGUUCAGAUAGCGUUCACGUGAAGGAAGCCGUACUUCCCGGACAACACACAAUAUUCAACCUCGACCGUCAGAAGUCCAAACUAUAUGUGGGAGGAGUUCCCUCAGAUGCAAAAUUGCAAGGAGUUAGUUUCCCAGCAUUCGAAGGACAAAUCGAGGAACUCAUGAUUGGAGAUACACCCGUUGGUUUGUGGAACUUCCGCACUGCCGCCAACCUUAAGGGCGCUAGACAAAGGGACAAGUUAAUAACAUCCCAGUCCGGACCACAAGAGUAUCGCUUCAACGGCAAGUCGCAUGUGACAAUGCCGGGCCGCGGCUACCUUGGUCCGCAGAAGAACCAGGUGUUCUUGUUCUUCAGAACUUAUGCUCCGGACGGACUUAUCUACCUCGUUGGAGAAAACAAGCACUUCUUCUCGCUACAGAUGCAAGACGGACGGGUUUACUUGCAAGUAUCACUCGGAAAUACUGACGACAUGGUAAUACUCGGAACCACAAAGACGUACAACGACGGUAAAUGGCACAGACUGGACGCUGCGAGAUACUUCAGCUCAUGUUCCCUAAAAGUUGAUAACGAGAUCCUAAAGAUGGCGUCAACAUCAGAAGUUAAAGAAAUUCCAGCGCUGGAUACAAUGAACUUUGGUGGAAAUAAUAAGGGAAUAAUACAAGUAACGGACAAAGGCUUCGACGGUUGCAUCAGACAAAUCAGUAUUGAUGGAAUUAACAUUGAUUUAAGUGACAACGUGGAGUCCGUCGGUAUUGCAUAUGGAUGUCAGUUCGCGUCAUUGGUGUCACUAUCCGACGAGGACAGUUUCCUCCGCUUCGUUGACAUCACCACCGAGAACUUGCAGCUCACACUCAAGUUCAAGACAUCGAGUCCCGACGGUCUUCUCUUCCUCUACUUGAGUCGAACGCAGACUAAUACAAUGCCUGAUAGCAUAUCCUUGUCACUAAUCAAAGGAAGUCUAGUACUAAUGAGUCAACGCGAGCGCCUCGACACUGGUAUCAGCACGUAUAACGACUCGCAGUGGCACGUCGUCACCGUUACGCACAGCAACAAGGCGUUGCGGCUGGUAGUGGACGAUUUCGACUAUUUCAGCACGGACACAGCUCCAGCGCCACUGCACAUUCUGGACGGCGUGCUGUUCAUGGGCGGCGUGCAGCCGGGCUACGUGGUAGGCGGCAAGGUGGGGUCCAAGCAGUCGUUCCGGGGCUGCAUCGCGGAUGCCACGCUCAACGGCCGCGUGCUCAACCUGCUCGAGCCUUUCACCAACCAUAGCGUCACUUUUGGUCGCUGCGGCACCACCACAACCACGGGCGGCGUACCGCCAGACCAAUCAGCAUGGCCAACGCCACACAGAGAGGACGUGUUGCCAACACCUACGCUUACUGCUGUGCAGAGUGUACCAGAUGAGACCGGAAGCGUAACAGAUAAGGGUCCUGCACCCGAACCCGAAGAGACCACAACAUCAACAACAACACCCUCACCACCGCCCACCACAACACGAGCACCAAUCACUAGUGCACCACCCACCACCAGAAGGCCACAACCUAAACCAGAAACUGGUUGUGCUUUGGCUUAUGAUACACAGUAUCAUAUUGGUGACCCGCAGGAGGGGUAUAGAUUCGGUACCCGCAACGACAGUCGCAUAGAGUACGGCAAGCUGCCGGGCCGGCAGCUGGAAGGCUUCGAUCUCACCAUCACGUUCCGCACGUUCGACCGCCACGGUGGGCUCAUCUUCUACGCGCACGCCGACCGCGCACCAAAUCAAUUCCUCGCCCUAUAUAUGCGGGAUGCUAAGCUGCACUUUGCAUUCAACUGUGGUGGUGAGACAGCAUACGUGUCGUCCAGCCGCCAGUACAAUGGCACUGAGUGGCACACGGUGACGCUCGUGCGCGCCGGCGGGCACGGCAAGCUAACUGUGGAUGCAGACCACGUGGGCGAGACGAGCGUCGCCUGCGCCGCGCCCGCACUUCUCACCCCGCCCUACUACUAUGGCGGCCUCGCCAACCUCACUUCUGACAUUGAGCGGAACUUGGAGGACUUCUACCAGCCGUUCAAGGGUUGUCUGAAAGGACUCAUGAUGAACGGUCAGUACGUGACCGACAUCCGAGUGCGAGUCAACUCCCUCCGCUGCACUGAUAACGUUGAGGAUGGCGUCUAUUUCGGACCAUCCAAUAAUGCCCACAGCAACUAUUUGAAGUUAAUGGAGAACUUCAAGGUCGGCUAUGAAAUCUCGAUAUCAAUGGAGGUAAAGCCACGCAACUCCACCGGGCUGCUGCUCAGCGUGCACGGCAAGAGGGACUUUAUGAUCAUAGAACUAUUGGAGAACGAAGUCGUGGCUAACGUUGAGAACGGCAAGGGACCGUUCCACGCUAGCUACAAGUUGGGCGACAAGUUCUCGUUGUGUGAUGGCAACUGGCAUAGAAUCAAUGCGGUGAAGUCCCGCCACGUGGUGUCGGUGGGCGUGGACGGGCACCUAUCGGACGCGGGGCUCGGGCAGUCCGGCUCAACAGAUACGCGGUCCGCACUAUACGUGGGUGGGCACGAGCGGCUCGUGUCCAAAGUGCGCGGCGUGCGCUCGCGCCGCGGUUUCACCGGCUGCGUGCGCAACAUCGUCAUCAACGACAUGCCCGUGCACAUCCCUCUCACUGCCGCCAAGCGCAACACGCACAUCGGCGUCUGCCCCAACGACUAACACGCACACACACAUGCACAUGUAACGUCUAAUGAUCUAUAACAUUAAUCCGAUGAGCGUAGUUUGUAUGUACCACAAAAUUACAGCAUCUAUACACAAUACACACUAUAAAAUUUCUUUUUCGUCGAAUCGACAACAUAGAGGAUGUUUCUUUUUGAAUACGUGUCGGAUACUAUUCUCAUUUACUUAUGUAAUCUUUUACAAUCCACUGCAGCCUUCAUAACAAUCUUUAAAUGUCAAUAUAAAAUUACUUUCAAUUGUGAAAAUUGUAACAUAACUCUUCAAUUAUAAUCGUCAUUAAUUAUAUAUUUCUUGUAAAUUAUCAAUCCAUUUUAAAUACCAAAGAAUACGUUAUUUUAAACUAUGUUUCUGUAACUAACUACCGACCGUCACCUUCUGUAUUAGUAUAUAGUUCUGUAUACUUCUCAAUAAAUUAAUUACAUGAUG